AAGGUGGGGUAAAAGCGGCGGCCGGGCGGCUCGGGGAAGAAGCGGAGGGAGGAGUUGGCGACGCCGCGGCUGUCGCGGUCGCCGCCGCCGUCGCCGCCAUCGCCGCCGCGGCUACUGUGACUUCUCCUGGUGUGUGAGAUCGGAGCCUACACGCCUGGAUUUGUCGCCGCCACCGGCUUCGUAGCUCCGCAGGUUUAACCAUAGGACAGAAAAAACAGGAAUGUAAAGAAGAAAUCAAAAUGGAUCCAAGUAUGAGUGUGAAUUCUGUUACCAUCUCUGUUGAGGGGAUGACAUAUAGUUCCUGUGUUUGGACCAUUGAACAGCACAUUGGAACACUGAAUGGUGUACAUCACAUUAAAGUUUCACUGGAAGAAAAAAAUGCAACCAUUAUUUAUGACCCUAAACUGCAGACUCCAAAGACCCUACAGGAAGCCAUUGAUGACAUGGGCUUUGAUGCUGUUCUGCACAAUCCUAAGCCGCUCCCUGUUUUAACUGAGACCGUGUUUCUGACUGUUACUGCUUCACCGGCUCCACCAUGGGAGCAUAUCCAAAGCACCUUGCUCAAGACGAAGGGCGUGACAGACAUUAAAAUUUCCCCUCAGCAGAGAACUGCAGUGGUGAUAAUAAUCCCUUCUAUAGUGAAUGCCAGUCAGAUAGUAGAGCUGGUUCCGGCUCUCAGUUUAGAUACAGGAACUCUGGAGAAAAAGUCAGCAAUUUGCGAAGAUUUCAGUAUGGCUCAAGCAGGCGAAGUCAUGCUGAAGAUGAAGGUGGAAGGGAUGACCUGCCAUUCAUGUACUAGCACCAUUGAAGGAAAAAUUGGGAAACUGCAAGGUGUUCAGCGAAUUAAAGUUUCCCUGGACAAUCAAGAAGCUACUGUUGUUUAUCAACCUCAUCUUAUCACAGCAGAGGAAAUAAAAAAGCAGAUGGAAGCUGUGGGCUUUCCAGCAUUCAUCAAAAAACAGCCCAAGUACCUCAAAUUGGGAGCUAUUGAUAUAGAACGUCUAAAGAACACACCAGUCAAAUCCUCAGAAGGAUCACAGCAAAGGAGCCCAUCAUAUACGAAUAAUUCAACAGUCAUUUUCAUCAUAGAUGGCAUGCAUUGUAAAUCAUGUGUGUCAAAUAUUGAAAGUGCUUUAUCUACACUCCAAUAUGUAAGCAGUGUAGUCGUUUCUUUAGAGAAUAGAUCUGCCACAGUAAAGUACAAUGCAAGUUUAGUCACUCCAGAAACUCUGAGAAAAGCAAUAGAGGCCAUAUCACCGGGGCAAUAUAGAGUUAGUAGCACAAGUGAAAUUGAGAGUACCUCAAACUCUCCCUCCAGCUCAUCUCUUCAAAAGAGUCCUCUGAACAUAGUUAGCCAGCCUCUGACUCAAGAAACCGUGAUAAACAUUGAUGGCAUGACUUGUAAUUCUUGUGUGCAGUCUGUUGAGGGUGUCAUAUCAAAAAAGGCAGGUGUAAAAUCCAUACGAGUAUCACUUGCAAGUGGCAAAGGGACUGUUGAGUAUGAUCCUUUACUAACCUCUCCAGAAACCUUGAGAGAAGCAAUAGAAGACAUGGGAUUUGAUGCUUCCUUGUCAGAUACAAAUGAGCCACUGGUAGUAAUAGCUCAGUCCUCAUCGGAAAUGCCACUUUUGACCUCAACUAAUGAAUUUCAUACCAAAAUGAUGACACCAAUUCAUUACAAAGAGGAGGCAAAGACUUCAUCUAAGUGUUACGUACAGGUCACUGGUAUGACUUGUGCUUCCUGUGUAGCAAACAUUGAACGGAAUUUAAGACGAGAAGAAGGAAUAUAUUCUGUACUUGUGGCUCUGAUGGCUGGGAAGGCAGAAGUAAGAUAUAACCCUGCUGUCAUACAACCCCCGAUGAUAGCCGAGUUAAUCCGAGAGCUUGGAUUUGGAGCCACUGUUAUAGAAAAUGCUGAUGAAGGGGAUGGUGUUUUGGAACUUGUUGUGAGAGGAAUGACAUGUGCCUCCUGUGUACAUAAAAUAGAGUCUACCCUCACAAAACAUGGAGGGAUCUUCUACUGCUCUGUGGCCCUGGCAACCAACAAAGCACAUAUUAAAUAUGAUCCAGAAAUUAUUGGUCCCAGAGAUAUUAUUCAUACAAUUGAAAGCUUAGGUUUUGAAGCUUCUUUGGUCAAGAAGGACCGGUCAGCAAGCCACCUAGACCAUAAACGAGAGAUAAGACAAUGGCGACGGGCCUUUCUUGUGAGCCUGUUUUUCUGUAUUCCUGUAAUGGGGCUGAUGAUAUAUAUGAUGGUUAUGGACCACCACCUUGCAACUCUUCACCAUAAUCAGAACAUGAGCCAAGAAGAAAUGAUUAGCAUUCAUUCUUCUAUGUUCCUGGAGCGCCAGAUCCUGCCAGGAUUGUCCAUUAUGAAUUUGCUAUCUUUUUUAUUGUGUGUACCUGUACAGUUUUUUGGAGGCUGGCACUUCUACAUUCAGGCCUACAAAGCACUGAAACAUAAAACUGCAAAUAUGGACGUACUGAUUGUGCUGGCAACUACCAUUGCAUUUGCUUAUUCUUUGGUUAUUCUUCUGGUUGCAAUGUAUGAGAGAGCCAAAGUGAACCCUGUUACUUUCUUUGACACACCUCCUAUGCUAUUUGUGUUUAUUGCACUAGGCCGGUGGCUGGAACAUGUAGCAAAGGGCAAAACGUCAGAGGCUCUUGCCAAACUAAUUUCACUACAAGCUACAGAAGCAACUAUUGUAACUCUCAACUCUGAUAAUAUCGUCUUGAGUGAAGAGCAAGUGGAUGUGGAACUUGUACAACGUGGAGACAUCAUUAAAGUGGUUCCAGGAGGCAAAUUUCCAGUGGAUGGGCGUGUUAUUGAAGGACAUUCUAUGGUAGAUGAGUCCCUCAUCACAGGGGAGGCAAUGCCUGUGGCUAAGAAGUCUGGCAGCACAGUGAUUGCUGGUUCCAUUAACCAGAAUGGGUCACUCCUUAUCCGUGCAACCCAUGUUGGAGCAGACACAACCCUUUCUCAAAUUGUCAGACUUGUAGAGGAGGCACAAACAUCAAAGGCUCCUAUCCAGCAGUUUGCAGACAAACUCAGUGGCUACUUUGUUCCUUUUAUUGUCAUUGUUUCCAUUGCUACCCUUUUGGUUUGGAUCAUAAUUGGAUUUCUGAACUUUGAAAUCGUGGAAACCUACUUUCCUGGCUACAACAGAAGUAUCUCCCGAACAGAAACAAUAAUACGCUUUGCUUUCCAAGCCUCAAUCACAGUUCUGUGCAUUGCAUGCCCCUGUUCACUGGGAUUGGCCACUCCAACUGCGGUGAUGGUGGGUACAGGAGUAGGCGCUCAAAAUGGCAUACUAAUCAAAGGUGGUGAGCCAUUGGAGAUGGCUCAUAAGGUUAAGGUAGUGGUAUUUGAUAAAACUGGAACCAUUACCCAUGGAACCCCAGUAGUGAAUCAAGUAAAGGUUCUAGUGGAAAGUAACAGAAUGUCACGCAAUAAGAUCCUGGCCAUUGUGGGAACUGCUGAAAGUAACAGUGAACACCCUCUAGGAGCAGCCAUAACCAAAUACUGCAAGCAGGAGCUGGACACUGAAACCUUGGGUACCUGCAUAGAUUUCCAGGUUGUGCCAGGCUGUGGUAUUAGCUGUAAAGUCACCAAUAUCGAAGGCUUGCUACACAAGGAUAACUGGAAGAUAGAGGAAAAUAAUAUUAAAAAUGCAUCCCUGGUUCAAAUAGAUACAAGUAAUGAACAGUCAUCAACUUCAUCUUCCAUGAUUAUUGGUGCCCAGCUCUCAAAUGCUCUUAAUGCUCAGCAUUACAAAGUUCUUAUUGGUAACCGGGAGUGGAUGAUUAGAAAUGGUCUUGUCAUUAAUAACGAUGUAAACGAGUCCAUGACUGAACAUGAGAGAAAAGGUCGGACUGCUGUAUUGGUAACAGUUGAUGAUGAGCUGUGCGGCUUGAUAGCUAUCGCUGAUACAGUGAAGCCUGAAGCAGAAUUGGCAGUCCAUAUUCUGAAAUCUAUGGGCUUAGAAGUAGUUCUGAUGACUGGAGACAACAGUAAAACGGCUAGAUCUAUUGCUUCUCAGGUUGGCAUUACUAAGGUGUUUGCUGAAGUUCUACCUUCCCACAAGGUUGCUAAGGUGAAGCAACUUCAAGAGGAGGGGAACCGGGUAGCAAUGGUAGGAGAUGGAAUCAAUGACUCCCCAGCUCUGGCGAUGGCUAAUGUUGGAAUUGCCAUUGGCACAGGCACAGAUGUAGCCAUUGAAGCAGCUGAUGUGGUUUUGAUACGGAAUGAUCUUCUGGAUGUAGUGGCAAGUAUUGAUUUAUCAAGGAAGACAGUCAAGAGGAUUCGGAUAAAUUUUGUCUUUGCUCUAAUUUAUAAUCUGAUUGGAGUUCCCAUAGCUGCUGGAGUUUUUAUGCCCAUUGGUUUGGUUUUGCAGCCCUGGAUGGGAUCUGCGGCAAUGGCUGCUUCAUCUGUUUCAGUAGUACUUUCUUCACUCCUCCUUAAACUUUACAGGAAACCAACUUAUGAGAAUUAUGAACUACAUGCCCGAGGCCAGAUGGGACAGAAAAGUCCUUCAGAAAUAAGUGUUCAUGUUGGAAUAGAUGAUACCUCAAGAAAUUCUCCUAAACUGGGUUUGCUGGACCGGAUUGUUAAUUACAGCAGAGCCUCCAUAAACUCACUGCUGUCUGAUAAACGAUCACUGAACAGUGUUGGUACCAGUGAACCUGACAAGCACUCACUCCUGGUGGGAGACUGCAGGGAAGAUGAUGACAGUGCAUUGUAACAGGCCACAGAGAGUGCUGCUAGAUGAUGUUGUUCUGCACUGACACAGAAUUCAUGGUCACCUUAGCUUUUUAAAAUAUUGCAGGGCUUUAUGUUGGUCUCAUGCUCUUAUGUUAGGGAAUCUAUUUGAAUUACAUUUGUCUAAUGGCAAAAAUAUCUUUUUCAGGGCAUCAACUCGGAACCUAGCUUUAUUGAAAAUGAAUUUCCAGUAUUUUGUUUUCACUAGCAACAGAUAAGGUAGACCUGGGAGGUUUACAAGUCCUACAGCUGAAGAUUGCUGAAUUGCUGCUAAAGUCAUAGAUAAUUUUUAUUUGAUCAAAAAAAUAAGUUCAAGGAAAGAUCAUUGAAAUUUUGAAGAUUUGAGCGCAUAAUCUUGAGAUUCUCGAGCCCUCCUCCCUGCCAGAUUGGGGAGCAACGGCUUUCAAAGCACUGUAUAAAGAAUCCUGUUUUAGAAGCAAAAUAAUAGAAACUGUUUAAAAAUAGACAGACCUAUUUAUUACAGGCUUUCUUUCCCCCUUCUUCUCCCUGCAUCUUUGUCUUUGCCUUCGCUUUCUUAGAUGCCCCAAUGUGUUUUCUUUUAUUAUGUUCUUUCAAGUGAGCUAAGUGUAGGUGGUUUCUCAUUGACAAAAAUAACUGACAACUUUUCCAGUAACUUGUUUGUUUCUUUAUCUUGUAGCUCAGAAGACCUUCAGGGCCUAUAUGGUUCCCUGCUUCCCACCUUUCCAUUGUAAAAAAUAUAUCAGAUUCCUCCUUCAGUGACUCCCUAGCUCUGUGCAAGCUUUCAGUUCACUCCUGCUGGGUUCAGCUAUAAGUUCUUAGUAUCGUCUAUCAGCCUCAGUUCAGAAACUUAAGAUUUUGAGCCACUUCUACAAUUGAUUUUUUUCCAAAGAUUGACACUACCAUGUUUAACAUGUACCGGUCAUAUAAAAUUACCUGGAUUCACUAAAUAUGUCCUUUUCUGGAGAGAAUGCAAGACAUUAGCUGAUAUUUAUAAUUUAAUAGAUUUUAAUUGUCUUUUAUUGUUUUAGAUAAUCUCUCAAAAUGACUUUAAAAUAAUGCUAUUACACAAAGCCGCUUUUACCAAAAAAUACAGUAAAUUGUAAUACAGAAAUGAGAAUUUCCCUAGGUUGUGAUACCUUUUAGCUAAAUCUAUAUUUUUCUCUAGUUUAAAACAUUUGCACUUGCUAGUUAGUGUGGUUGGCAAAUUCACGGGCUUGUUCUCAUCAACAUAUAAAUUUAGAAAUCCCCCUGUGAGCGCCUGGGAGUUAAUACACUGGUCAGAGAUCUGGUACUUGUAUCACUAUUUAAAUUAACUUGUUAACUGCAAGGUGGAUUUCAGAUGCAGAAUAUGUAAGUGAAGAAAACUCAUACAUAAAUUCCUAACAUCUAUUCCCAUUGUCAUAUGUAAAGUUUCUAGCACAAUUCCUAGCACAUAGGAUUUGUGCUCAGUAAAUGUUAGUUCUUAUUUCUCCUUGAGGUCAGUGAUAUCAAAAAUCGCUUUUACAGAGCAGAGUCUAAAAUCAGAUGGGAGUGGGGGAUGGGGUUCUUCCCGCCUUUCCAACUUCCUUAUUCUCUUGUUCUUUCAUACACACUCAAAAAUGUUUACAACAUAAUUCCAUGCUGACUUUUCAGAUUUGGAAAAGAUCUCAUUUUUAUCUCAGCUAUCUUAAAGACAGAACUGAAACUUGAUGAAGGUGCUAUUAAUCUAGAAAAGCAAACCAAUUUUAAUGAAAUAUGAAUGAGUUUGUAGGUCUAGGCUCUUUUUUAGACCAAUGCCUGUGCCAUCUUCCAUGCUUUCAAUUUGAAUUUUUUUUAACAUCUUUAUUGGAGUAUAAUUGCUUUACAAUGGUGUGUUAGUUUCUGCUUUAAAACAAAGUGAAUCAGUUAUACAUAUACAUACCCAUAUCUCUUCCCUUUAAUAUUUGUUUUUUAAUUCUAGUGGCCUGUCAUACCACAACUUGUUUCUUCUAGAAGAAAUAGCUAAUACGACAAAUGUAUAAUAUAGACUUUUGAAAAAGAAGCACCUUUCUCUGUCUCUCUCUCUCUCCCUCCUUCCCUUCCUCCCCCUCUCCUUCCCCUCACUUUCACUCUUCUAUCUCUCUGAAGCACUUGAACAUAGCCAGUUACUACUUUUAUUAUUCUGUGUGUGUUAGAGUUGUCCACUUGGCCUCACACGCCAAGGGAUCCACAUGUCAUAGGGCAAUGAGAAGAGCAGCCUGUAUAAUCUGGGAAAAAUCAAGGAUGUAAUUUCAGCCCUUAGUACAGGAACAGAAAACAUGCUGUUUAUAAAGAAUCCUGCUUUAAAUAUCUAUAGCCAUCUUUGAAUUCUCUACCACAAGUCUCUUGCAAUUCUGAAUUCCCAUUAGCUUCAUAGAGCAGCUGUAGUCACUGGAGAGAGACAUGGAGGGGAUCAAAAAUACUGCUUUCAGUUAGUAACUAGCUUUAAGUAAUUAGUUACUAGUGAGAACAAAUUUUAUAAAUGUGUGCGUAUGCAUCUGUGUUUAUUCAUAUCAUACAUAUAUACAUAUAUUACCCAUAUAGAAGGAAAAUGGAUUUAUAUUUGAAUUUGAUAUUAGAAUAUUUUAAGUUCUUUAUUUGUUGUUCCUUUGUCACUCUUUUGUAUUCAUUCAGCAACCAUGCCCUCAGUCUGAAGAUAACAAGGAUGUUUUGAUAUCCAGUGCUGGUUCAGACCCAACUAAGGGGCACCUUUUAUCUUAAAUAUCCAAAGAAGCCUUUUAAAUUUCAACAGUUAAAACAUAACUGUUUAGUGUUGUAGUCUAAAGAAGUAUGGUUGUCAGUUGUGAAAAUAGAAAUGUUAUUUUUCGUAGUUUAGUAUCAACGUUUUAGGUGUUAGAUUUGAUGCCUUGUGAACAAAUAAUUUUAUAUUGUGCUUCAACUUUUUAAAAGUUAUUCUUUUAUUGGAUGUAUUCUUUGUUCAAAAUGCUUAAAUAGUAUUGUAGGCAAGAUGUUUCCAAACAUUUAAGCGUGCGUAUCUUUUAUGUACACAGCUGAAAAUCAAGAAUGUAUGUUCUUAGAUAAUUUUUUCCACUACUUAUGGAUCUUGCUUUAAAAUUAUUUUUCUUAAUAUUUAUUUUACUCUAUUUUAUUAUUUUCUUUGGCUGAGGCAUCUGGUUACUGGUUGUUUUAAUAAGAAUUAAAAUAAAAACAUUCCUGGAAUCACUCCUUUUGGAUAUUUUUGUUUCUUUUCUCUAUUUUAAAAAUAUUAUUUUACCAAAUAUAAAAAAUACAGAUCCGUGCCAAAUUAUUAGCUAUUUUAACACUAACUUUCUGUAGUCCUUCUGAAAGUUUAUCUGGUAUGAGUAACCAGAUAAAGCACAAAAGCAUGAAUUCUUGUUCUUCAAUUAAAAGAGCUUCUCUAAUGCCACUGAUAGUAAAUGCCUUUUGUAGCCAAAACCAGGCGUCUCCAACUUAUGCUUUUAGUUAAAGAAAUGUUUAACUAACCAUUGUUGAACAUUGAUUGUUUGAUACCCAAAACAGCAGUGGACGAUGUUGUGCAAUAAUCAUCUACUAUAGUCAAGAUAUUCAGUAGUUUGUUUUUCCAUAAGCAUGUAAUUGAUCAUAUAUCUGCCAAGGAUGUGCCUUCAACUUUAUAAUUAUAGUAU